AUGUCGCUUCGCCCUGGUAUGCGCGUACUUGAUGUCGGAUGCGGCGUCGGCGGUCCCGCGUGCGAGAUUGCCCGGUUUUCCGACACCACCAUCAUUGGACUGAAUAACAACGAUUUUUGGAUUCAGCGUGCCCGCAAGCAUCAGUUUACAGUUUGGCGUUUACGAGUGGUGCAUGACCGACGCGUUGCGGCGUGGAAUUCAUCAAUCCCUGCGCACAAGGAAUUUGCUCAUGCCAUUGAGCUUGGAAACGGUAUCCCAAAGAUGCGUCACAUGAAGAACGAAGCCAUGGUCAAUGCUGGCUUUACUGUUGAACAUGGAGAGGAUCUGGCUGAACGCCCUGAUGUAAUGAAGUCCCAUGGUAUUGCCCACUUGAAGCGAAUGAGCUGGAGCGGCAAGCUUGUUUCACACACAAUCAAAUUCAUGGAGAUGCUUAAUCUUCUGCCCAAAGGCACUUAUGAUGUUGGCGAGUCCCUCAAGGUUGCUGCUGAUGCGAUUGUGAAAGGUGGCCAGACAAAUUCUUCACGCCCAUGUACCUCGCAAUCUGCCGCAAGCCCACGUUCUCUCCCAAUGUUAGACUAG